AUGACUUUAAGCUUCUUUGAUCAAUUUAGUAUCCCCAACAUCCUGGGCAUUCCUUUAAUAAUCCCAGCUUUAUUGUUCCCUCUAAUUAUUUGAUUUACAACAAACCGCCUCAUCCAAAACCGAUAUUCAACCAUUCAGUCCUCUUUCACUUUUUAUAUUACAAAACAAAUAAUGUUACCAAUUAACACCACAGGACAUAAAUGGGCAAGCACCUUUGUAACACUCAUAUUAAUACUUAUACUGUUUAACACACUAGGCCUGCUACCUUACACCUUCACCCCAACCACUCAACUCUCAAUGAAUAUAGCCCUUGCUGUCCCAACCUGAUUAAUAACUAUCUUUAUUGGACUACGAAACCAACCUACCGCCUCACUAGGCCACCUUCUCCCAGAAGGCACCCCCACCUUACUUAUUCCUAUAUUAAUUUUAAUCGAAACUGUUAGCCUACUUAUCCGCCCUAUUGCAUUAGGAGUACGACUAACAGCCAACUUAACAGCCGGACAUUUACUAAUCCAACUCACCUCAACAGCAGUAUUUGCCCUCCUAAAUACUAUAACCAUUACAGCAUCCACAACCUUAAUUGUACUUAUUCUGCUAACCUGCCUAGAAAUAGCUGUUGCCUUAAUCCAAGCCUAUGUGUUCGUCCUACUUCUAACCCUCUACCUACAAGAAAACAUUUA